AUGAAUGAAGCAGCCUACACUCCUACUAUGGUUUCCAUUGGUCCAUAUCACCAUGGAGAUGGAAAAUUGGAAUCAAUGGAAAAGAUCAAAUUGGUUUUCCUAAAUCAAUUUUUGAACAGGAUUUCGGGAAAUUCAUUGGGGUAUUAUGUUGAAGCUAUAAGAAAUAAGGAAGGUGAAAUCCGACGCUCUUAUUCAGAGACCAUAUCAAUGACCAGUGAUGUAUUUGCAAUCCUGCCUGAUAUAAUUAAUAAUGUAAAACUUCGCAAAAAGUUUACAUUUGAAUAUUUCAUUCAACACCACCUUCCUAGACUACCCGAUGGUACAGUGAAAGUGCAUCACUUGUGUGAUAUGCUAAGAAUCUUCUACGCACGACAUGAUGGACCACCAAGAGAAGAUAAUGUUAGAACAACUGAUCCCAAGCCUAUAUUUAGUGCAAGUAAACUACAUGAUGCAGGAAUUAUAUUUGAGGUCAAGGAAGAUGAUCCAAGCUUAAUGGAGCUGCAAUAUUCAAAAGGAGUGUUGAAAGUCCCAAAAAUUGUGUUUGAAGAUGUGACUGAGACCAUACUCAGAAAUGUAGUUGCAUUUGAGCAAUGUCACCCUCUUUUGUCGAGAACCGUGACUGAUUACAUAAUCCUCUUGCAUUAUCUUCUCAACACGGGGAAAGAUGUUGAACUGCUUGUUGAGAAGGGAAUUGUGGAUAACUUUUUGGAGGAGGAUGGUGCAUUGGCUUUUGUAGCUACGAGACUGGAUAGAAAUGUUACCGAAGUAGAUUGGAAGUACUAUAGGUCUCUAUUUGCAGAACUAAACGAGUUUUAUGAUAACCCUUAUCACAAGCACAAAGCAAUAUUUAAACAACAAUAUUUGAGCACUUCCUGGAAGGUGGCAUCUUUCUUUGGUGCAAUUCCGCUUCUUUUUCUCACUUGA